AUGGCAAAAGAGGAAGAAAGGAGGGACGGUCUCUUCUUUGACUCUCUCACCUACUUUUUGGUGGGACUGAGUGUGGCUUUGAUCUACUCCUUUGCGGACAAUGACCACUUUAUGUUCUACAAGGUGUUCAGAGAGGCUGGAAUCCAUGUAGACUUUCCACACUACUACACUCGUCAGCUGGUUGUGUUUUGGGGAUUCAUAGCCUCGUUCACAUUCAUGUUCGUCGGAGUGUUUAACAGGAAGAUAUGCACAUUUGUGGGUUGGCUGAUGCCUCUCUCGUACCUCUACAUCACUUCCAAGGUUACAGAGUAUGGGAAUGUCAAGUUUGGGACCGGCAUGCUUCGUGCAAUUGCACUGACCUCCAUAGUCUCUCACAUCUUUCAGACCUGCUUCGUAUUCCAAAUUUUUGAGGAGACUGAGAACUUGUUCCAGAGACUACUGAGCUUUGUUGGAGGCUACUUUCUGGGAUACCCAGUGGUUACUAGACUCCUCCUCAGAAGAGUCUUGAUUGAUGGGAUGAUGGAUAGUUCCUCUAUAGGAGACGAUCUAUUCCACUUUUGCACAACGCUCUUCUUCAUAACAUUUACCAUGGCUGCAUGUUUGACCUAUUUCUUUUACGGCAUGACUGGGGGUAUGGAUACUCAUUAUUGGCUACCAGCCUUUUCUCCAUCAAUGGGAGACAAGAUAAGUCUGGGUACCUGCGUAUACCUUUGGAUUCUCAACCCAGUUUGUAUAAGCAUACUACCUCAGACCUUGAUGGAACAGUCGGAAUACCACAACCACGUCUUUAUUCAGAGAGUCUCCUUUGCAAUAGCUUUACUGGCCAUACCCUCGAUAAUGGGCUCAAUGGAUGUCUCAAUGCGCUGUAUAUUGACCCUGUGGAAGAAGAGGACUCUGAGGUAUCUGGAAGGACUAAAGGCUGCCAUCAUGGUCUCUGAGGAACUAAAUGAGAUGGUUGAGGAAGAUGGAAGGGAGGAGUCUCCACUCUCUAUAGUAUACAACAGUUCAGACAUUAAAGUGCCUUCUCACAUUGACACUUGGUCCUCUAUAACCUGUGACUCUUUCAGUGACUGGGAACGCAGAGACGUUGAGACCAGAGACUCCAUUCUCUCAGCAAUCAUGAUCCUGGAACUACUCAUCAAGUUGGAGAAUACCCUGGCCUUGGGACUUGUUGAAGAUAUUCUAAAGUUAUACUGCUCUUCCAAGACUAAAGACCCACUGGCUACCUGCACAGUGCUUCUGACUGACAAUAAACAGGUCCUCCUCACCGUCCUGUCAAGGUCCCUAGGAAUGUCAAAGGGACUCCUCACUCAGGUCGAGAAGAUACCCAAUUGCUAUAAUGGAGGUUUUGGUGGUGGCACUAAACGUUGUUGUUUCAAGAAGGAUGUAAGUUCUACUUGUACGGUUGAGGGUGCCCCUGCCAAGGAUCAAACCUGUGACUGUUGCUGUCCAGUGUCAAUCGCUGAGAUUAGGACAUUUGUGAGAGAAUCCGUUUCUUCCACUGAGGAUAGCAUCUGCACAAUGGUUACUAGGAUAAAUGCAGAUGCAACACUGUUAUCAAUGGAAGCCUCUGAUCUAACACUUGACUCUGCAAAAGUCUGUGUAGCGGUACUAAAGGCUUACUAUCAAAGCUGUAUCUGGCUUCUCAUCUCAAUACUCUGCAUAGAGGAAGCUAUCCUACUCGCUAUUUGGUUCUGCAGACUCUGUGGACUGUACAAGACUAUUUGUGAGAACAUUGAUAAGAUAAAGACAUGUGGAUGUAUAAAGUCUACAGAAAAUACUGCUGUAACCAUAAAGACCUGUUCCGUGACUACUCUUGAGAACUUUGACGACUGUGACUGUCUCUGCAUAGUCUCUUACUAUGGUAUCAGGACUAGUGUGGAGACUAUAAUGACCAGACUUCACUGCUUGAGGACAGAGCUUGUCACAAGAGCUAAUACUACAUGCAUAUUUCAAAAGGUAGAAACCUCUGAUUUGGCUUCUGAGGCAUACUUGCUGGACUCCAUCAAGGUAGCCGUCAUACUCUUGUCUGGUCUUGACAGUGUAUACAAGUUCCUAGUCGAUACAUUUAAAGGAACAUGUGGGUGUCAUUAUAAGGACAAGGACCCUCUUUAUCCAGCCGUACUUUCAUGUCUACUUGUCUGCUAUAGACUUUGUUCCAGACUCUUCCGGGAUGCCUCUGAAGGUACCAAGAUCUUGGAGGAUACACUGUUAUGGUACAGAUGUAUAUUUACGGCUAAGAAGAGCUCUAUAGUUAAUGUGUAUAAGGAAGAUGAAAAGAAGAAAGUUAAGGAAGAUGAUAAGGAAUGCAAGACAGAGGAAUGUAAGGAAGCGGGAAAGCCAUCAAAGAACUUGAGGUUAACAAUCAGUUCAUACAAGUCAUUCAUAGAUAGUACAAGAACUUCCUUAUCCUACUUCUAUAGAAUACAUACAGAAGACGGUGAUGAUUAUGCUGUUUACUAUGCCCUAAAUGUAGAUAAGGCAGGGAAAGUAAUAGAUUACCUUUCUAAGUUAGCAAUGACAGAUAAGGAGAAUUAUUCUCUUAAAUCAGGUGCUCACUUCAUUCGGAAAGGAGAAUCUGGAUCCUCUGAAUCUGCUUUUGCAUCUAAAAGUUGUGUCAAGAUGAAUUUAAAAAACCCGGUAUUAGAAAGUCCGAAAGAAAACCAAAAACCACACUGUAAAUGUUGUAGUAGUAAAGACGAUGGAAUUUGCGAUAAGUGUGAAAAGGGUGAAGGGUGUAAUGAAUGUGAUAAAUGUGAAUGCAAGUGUGAAUGUCCUAAUAAUCCAAAAUGUGAGUGUAGUAAAAAGGAAAGUACAUCUGAGGCUUGUGAAAGUGUAUUUUCUCGCUUAUCUAAAAUUAUAGAAUGUAAAUGUAGCUGUGAAAAGGAGAAAAGGAAAGCCUGUGGUUGUUUCAAUAAACUAUGCACUAGCCUCUCUGACUUGAGUAAGAAAAUGGAAACCAUCACAAAAAAACCUGAGGAAAAAAAGAAGGAAGAGAAAUGUGAACACCAGGAAAAAUGCGGAGGAAAAUGUUUUCAAACAAAGAGAUUUACGAAUUUUUUGACGGCAUAUGUAAGUAAAUUAGGAUCCACAAGCUGUUCUUGUGAGGAUAAUAGACCUCGUUCCCGUUGUCCUGGUAAAGAUUUAUGCUUGUUGGAUGGUUCCGCUUGUGGAAUUUCUUUCGUAUUAAAAGAAUGGUUUGCAAACUAUUACUGCAAUUGUAUUUAUGCUAAAGGUUCAGGUUCCACAUCAUGGAGCUUUAUUAUCCCUGGUGCAAGUUUCUGGAGUUUUUUUGGUAGCUUUCUUGAGGGUGGUUUUAAUUUUUUUGGAUCAAUAUCACUCGGAGGAGAGGAUCCUGGCCUUUGUAAAUGUCUAGUUAAGGUCCUAAAAGAUGUUUACAAAGAAUUAAAAUGUAGUGAAAUAAAAUGUAAAUGUUGUCCUUGCUGCAUCAAAAAUGAAGCACCUAAAUGUCAGUGUAAAUGUGAAGGAGAGAAGGAAGAAAAGAAAUGUAAAUGUGACUGUAAAUGUUCCGAGAAUUGUACACAAGAUGAGUGCAAAUGUGAAUGUACAUGUGAAAUAUGUUGGAAAAACCUUUUCAGAUGUUACGUAAUUUGUGGACUGAAGUGUAAGGAUGGAGGUUGUGAAGGUUGUAAACCUGAAGGAGAGGGGUGCUGCAAAUGUUGCUGUAUAAAGACUAAACAAGAGGACUGUAAAUGUAAAAAUAAUACUAAAGAUGAUCAUAAAAACUGCACUCAUAAAUGUGAAAACUGCCUACUUUGUCUUUACACCACGAACAUGUUCUUUUGCAGUAAAUGCUGUUCCCAGCAAUCUGAAAGUGAAUGUCAACCCAUCGCUAUCUCCUGCAAAUGUGACUGUAAAGAAGGUGAAGGUGGAAAGUGUUGUUGCAAGGACGUCUCUGCUGAGGAGAAGAAGGAAGAGGAUGAUAAAACGUGCCUAAAACUGGACUGUUGCUGUGGAGACAGACUUGGAUGCUCCAUUGAUAAGAUUACCUGUCUCCUUAAAUGCCUUAAAGAGGAACUCCCAACUUUGUACUGUCUUACUAGUAAACUCGACUGUCAACUAUUCCAGUUUUGUGAGCAACUGUGCAGCGUUCUGGACACUCUUGAGGAUGUGAAGGAGGUACUAACAAAGGCCAUAGAUAUAGUAGAAUGUAGGAUCACAAAGGUCAAGUGCAUGAUAAGUUGUUACAGAGCCAAGUUUAAAUCCCUAGAGGAACAAAUAAAAUCUAUAGACAAAAAGGAUGAAACAUAUCCACAGGUUGUGGACCUUGUCAAGAAGACUGGAAAGUUUGCUGUGCUGGUAACAUCCUAUUCCCCAGAGAUUGAGGCUACUUAUAUGAAGACUGAUUUCCACGGUGAUCUACUCAAGUCUACCACCCAGAAUCUGGCAGAAGUAGCUAUGCGUGUAGAGGAUACCAGUCAACUAGCUGCCUCAACAGGUCGUAGCAGAGUGGCUUUACUGGCUGACUCCAAGACUGUCCAAGUGGACGCUCCAAACAAGAGUGAAAAGGACAACUCUUCCAUUCUGAAGGAGUAUCUCUUUAUAGUUUGCAGGAUAAUCUUUCUUCUACUGAGGUUCCAGAUUCUUGACCCUAAUCGCCUCUGGCUUGUGAAGGUACUCACUGUUGCAUUCAGCAUUCUCUCCGCCGUUUACCUCAACCUCCUCAUCACAGAGCUUUCUAGUGACCUUGACAAGUACACUGGAUACUUGAUAAACCUCAUGCUUCUCUGUGGAGUUGGAACAAACUUCAUCUACUCCUGGCUGUUCCACCUGUUUGACUACGUCAGCAUAGUCUACCCCUUUGGCAACAUUGUCUCUAAACUGGAGACCUCAAACCCCUCGGUGGACUAUGGCAAGUCUCGCUACAGCAUGUUUAUUAGUCUGAUAUCCUCUCUCAAGACUGAGUUCAACAGCAUCUUUGGCAUAUUCUCAGACCUGGACACCACCAGUUCUUACUCUGGUAUUAGACAGAACGUCUACCCAUUCAGCACAAUGUCAAAGAGUCUCAUCAGUUCAUUCAGAGGCACUCUGGACUUUACUCCUAUACUCAAUGGUCCAAACAGAAGUGUCUCUGCCAUCAUGGACCACAUCUCAUUCACUCUACUUGGGUGCCAUUCAGAUGACCUCCUGACAAAGUCUAGUGGCUACUUUGGUGACUUGAACAGGGAGAUGCUUUGGCACUCUUGGUAUGCAAACACCGUGAUCACUGACACCACUCUCUUUUACUACUACCUCAGACGCUCCAUCCUGUUUGAGAUGAGUGAGAUUGUCCGUCUGAGACCAGUUGACAAGCCAUUCUCAAGGGGAUUCACCAACUCUAGACAACUGUGGAAACACUUUGGCAAGAUCCAAGUAGAUCUGUCCUUCAGUGCAUCUCUCAAGAGUCCCGAAAUUGAGAUACCCAGAAGCAGACACCAGUUGAACCUCUUGAGGGAGAGACUGUACCAGGAGUAUAGACAAAAGUGGCUGGUAUACCAACUCAGGGCUACAAAGUCUCUCGUCAGUGUACCUCUGGAUGAGCAUAGCAGUACUGAGGACCUACCAUUCCUGUACAUUAAGGAACUGGACACUGUACAACUGACUACAAACUCCCUUGAGAAACUGGAUAAAAAGUACUCUGACGUCUACAGAGGUACCAAGAUAAACAAUUGCAAGAUUCUCAAGAAGGAGAUCAAGACUUGGAGGAGCUCCAAACUCGGCUUUUGUGAAACUCUGUCUGAUGAGGGCGAGUGCAAGAGGGCUGUGAAUACUGCAGUAAAGUCCCUUGAGGGAUUCUUUGACACUUGUGAAGACCACAAACCUGUAAAGGACAUGAUAGAGUACAUUACCUCCACAGACUAUUACUCCACCUACACUCAUGGAGACUCCGACCUUGACACUGACCACAAGAUGGCACUGUUCGACUUGACAUUCCACCAAGACGGACUGGAGAAUAAUUAUCGCAUAUUUAAAGGGUUCAAGAACUCAAUUUCUCACACUCUUGACCACCAACUGGAGAUCGCCAAGAGGAACAAGACAACCUCCCUCAUCCCUCUUGGCAUAUACACACUUCACUAUGGACUCCAGAUAUCGCAUAAUACGCUUGAACAGAUUGAAAAGGGCACUUUUGUUAAAUAA